UGAACGUCUCUCUCUCUCUCUCUCUCUCUCUCACACACACACACACACGCUCCCUCCUCCAUUUCUAAAGCUCAAACCAAAUUAAGCAGUAAAUGGACGAGGGGAACAAGGUAGAAGGCAAAGCUGAAGAAGGCGAAAGCCGACCAAGAACUGGGAUUUUCCUGUUCGCUGAUUGGGCCGACGUCGCUCUGAUGGCGGCGGGGACGCUCGGAGCCGUCGGCGACGGCUGCUCCAUCAACUGCCUUCUUCUCUUCGCGAGCGCCGUCAUGAACAGCUUAGGCGCCGGCAACGCUCAAAACAGUGGUCAUAACCAUGCAGACUUCAUGCAGGACGUGAAAAAGCACUGCUUGUACUUCGUGUACGUGGGAUUAGCAACUCUGGUGGUGGCUUUCAUGGAAGGGUACUGCUGGAGCAGAACGAGCGAGAGGCAGGUGCUGAGGAUCAGGCACAAGUAUUUGGAGGCGAUUCUGAGACAAGAGGUUGCCUUCUUUGAUUCGCAGGAGGCAACCACCGCAGAGGUCAUUAACAGCAUCUCCAAGGACACUGCUCUCAUUCAAGAAGUGCUCAGCGAGAAGGUGCCUCUGUUCAUCAUGCACUCUUCCACCUUCAUCUCCGGCCUGGCCUUCUCGACGUACUUCUCGUGGAGGCUGUCGUUGGUCGCCCUCCCGCUCGUCGGCGUCCUCGUUAUCCCGGGGCUCAUCUACGGCAAGUACCUGGUCUACCUGUCGCGCGAGUCCCGCGAGGCGUACGGCAAAGCCAACGCCAUCGUGGAGCAAGCGUUGAGCUCGAUCAAGACCAUCUACUCGUUCACGGCCGAGAAGAGCAUCGCGGAGAGGUACUCCGUCAUCUUGGAGAAGACGGUGAGGCUGGGGAUCAAGCAGGGGAUCGCCAAGGGACUCGCGGUGGGAAGCACUGGGUUGUCCUUCGCCAUCUGGGCGUUCCUCGCCUGGUACGGCAGCGGGCUGGUGAUGUACCACGGCGAGAGCGGCGGAAGGAUUUACGCCGCCGGAAUUUCCUUCGUUUUGGGCGGAUUAUCUCUUGGCAUGGCGCUGCCGGAGGUGAAGCACUUCGCGGAGGCGUCGGUGGCGGCGAAGAGGAUACUCGAGAGGAUCAACAGGCGGCCGCGAAUCUAUGCGGAGGAUCCCAAGGGGUUGAAAAUGGAGGAGAUGCGCGGCGAGGUGGCGUUCGAAUCGGUCGAGUUCGCGUACCCUUCGCGGCCGGAGGUGCCCGUGUUGAGGGACUUCAGCCUCCGGGUCCCGGCGGGGCAGACGGUGGCGCUGGUGGGCACCAGCGGGAGCGGGAAGUCGACGGCCGUUGCGCUGCUGCAGCGGUUCUACGACGCGGACGCCGGCGCGGUGAGGAUCGACGGCGUGGACAUCAGGAAGCUGCAGCUGAAGUGGAUCAGGGCAAAGAUGGGGCUGGUGAGCCAGGAACAUGCUCUGUUCGGGACGUCGAUCCGGGAGAAUAUUUUGGUGGGGAAGCCAGGCGCCGCCGCCGGCGAGAUAUUCGCGGCGGCCAUGACAGCGAAUGCCCACAACUUCAUCAGGCAAUUGCCGGAGGGAUAUGAGACCAAGAUCGGGGAGAGAGGCGCGCUUCUGUCCGGCGGCCAGAAGCAGAGAAUCGCCAUCGCCAGAGCGAUCAUCAAGAACCCUGCGAUUCUUCUUCUCGACGAAGCCACGAGCGCGCUCGACUCUGAAUCGGAAAAGCUGGUGCAGAAUGCCCUCGAUCAAGCUUCCAUGGGAAGAACAACACUGGUGGUGGCUCACAAAUUGUCGACGAUUAAGAACGCCGACCAAAUCGCGGUGGUAGAUUGCGGAAGGAUCGUGGAGAUCGGCACCCACGACGAGCUCAUCGCCGAGAAAAACAGCCACUACUCGCGCCUGGUGAAGCUACAGAGGAUCCCGAGCAAUCUCGAUCCGGAGCCGGAAUCCUUCCGCCCUUCCUCCGUCGCCAGGAGCAGCGCGAGCCGCCUCAGCCUCACCAAAGCCAGCCCCGCCUUCUCCGAGGACCAAUCCACCGCCUCCGUCGCCGCCUCCCCUGCGCCCUCCUUCUCUCGGCUCAUCGCCAUGAACGCGCCGGAGUGGAAGCAGGCUGUGGUCGGCAGCCUCUCCGCCGUCGUUUUUGGAUCCGUUCAACCCAUCUACGCCUUCUCGAUCGGCGGCAUGAUCGCCGCCUUCUUCCUCCAAGACCACGACGAGAUGAAAGCCGCCAUCCGCCGCUUUGCCCUAAUUUUCUCCGCCCUCUCUCUGGUUUCGAUCAUCGUCAAUCUGUUACAGCACUACAACUUCGCUUACAUGGGCGAGCGCUUGACGAAGCGCAUUCGGAUACGGGCGCUGGAAAAGAUCCUAACUUUCGAGGUGGGGUGGUUCGACGACGACGAGCAUUCCAGCGGCGCGCUGUGCUCGCGGCUGAGCCACGAGGCGGCGCUGGUGAAAACGCUGGUCGCCGAUCGCCUGUCCCUGCUGCUCCAGACCGCCUCCGGCGUGGUCGUCGCCAUGACCAUGGGGUUGGCCAUCGCCUGGAAGCUGGCUCUGGUCAUGAUCGCGAUCCAGCCCUCGACGAUGAUCUGCCACUACGCCAAGAAGGUGGUGCUGUCUCGGGUGUCGGUGGCGCUGGCGAAGGCGCAGCACAGCAGCACGCAGAUCGCCAUCGAGGCAGUGUACAACCACCGGAUGGUGACUUCCUUCGGGUGCGCCGACAAGGUGCUGGAGCUCUUCAAGGAGGCGCAGGAGGAGCCGGUGAGGGCGUCGAGGAAGAAGGCGUGGGUGGCGGGCCUGGCUACCGGGAGUGCGCCGUGCCUGUCGUUUCUGUCGUGGGCGUUGGACUUCUGGUACGGAGGGAGAUUGGCGCAGUCCGGCGAGAUCUCAGCCGGAGACGUAUUCAAGACCUUCUUCAUCUUGGUGAGCACGGGAAAGGUAAUCGCCGAGGCCAGCAGUAUGACUUCCGACCUGGCCAAGGGCGCCACCGCCGUGGCGUCGGUCUUCGAGGUGUUGGACCGUCAGUCCUUCAUAUCAACUUCUUCUUCCCCUUCUUCCAACGGCGAGACCAAGCAGAUACAAGGAAAGAUCGAAAUCCGGAAGGUGGACUUCACCUACCCGACGCGGCCGCUCUGCCCGGUGCUGCGUGACUUCAGCUUGGAGGUGAAGGCCGGGACGAGCGUGGGCUUCGUCGGCCGCAGCGGCUGCGGCAAGUCCACCGUCGUCAGCCUCAUCCUGCGUUUCUACGACGUCGACCGCGGCGUCGUCCGCAUCGACAGCACCGACGUCCGGGAGCUCGACCUCAUCUGGUUCCGCGGCUUCACCGCGCUCGUCAGCCAAGACCCGGUCAUCUUCUCCGGCACCGUCCGCGACAACAUCGCCCUGGGCAAACCCAGCGCCACAGAGGAUGAGAUCGUCGAGGCCGCACGAGCCGCCAACGCCCACAACUUCAUCUCAUCGCUGAAGGACGGAUACGGCACCAACAGCGGGGAGAGGGGAGCGCAGCUAUCGGGAGGGCAGAAGCAGAGGAUCGCCAUCGCGAGGGCGAUCGUGAGGAACCCGAGGAUUCUGCUGCUGGACGAGGCGACUAGCGCGCUGGACGUGGAGUCGGAGAGGGCGGUGCAGGAGGCGCUGGACCGGAUCAUGGUGGGUAGGACGACGGUGGUGGUGGCGCACCGCCUCAACACCAUCAAGAAGGUCGACUCCAUCGCCUUCCUUGGCGAAGGGAAGGUGGUGGAGCGGGGUAGCUACGCGCAGCUGAUGGCCAAGAAGGGAGCCUUCUUCGACCUCGCCGCUCCGUGACGCCGAGAAUCUACAAUUUUCCGGCGAAUCAAACUGCAAGCAUCUUUGAUGCCAAUGGCUGAUUGAUUUACUCAAUAAUAUCAAAAUAAAAAUCCAGUCGAUUGCACUAGUCAAUUUGCCGCGAGUUCAUAGCUAGGCUAGUUCGCGCAAGCUCACCGUCUGGCUCACGGCGAGCUCAAGAAAAGACCGCCAUAAGAUCAGGGAUCGAAAUGCAGCUCAGCAAAAGAAAUCCAAACAGCAGCAGUCUUAUUUCAUAACCAUGCACUCAGGCACAAGGAAACCAUGGAGAUGAACAAAGUAACAGAAAAAACUGAAAAGUUUCCUGGAACAGCAACUUGCUCCGGAGGUUGCAGUUCAUCGACAUAAACUAAAGAAGGCGAUCAGAUCGGAUCGUCUCCAUUUAUUUUUUAUUAGUGAAAAGGGGGGAAUAUACCGAAGAGAAUGAAAAACUAACCGCGGACAGUGCUGCGCGGCAAUGGCAAUUGCAGAAUGCACACAAGUCUUUGCUCUUCUUGUGAUGGGCAGUACCUCCUUGUUUCUA